AUGCGGGCGGCCCCGCCCCUCGGCGGCCCUGGGCGACCGGCGCGCCGCCUCGCGGUGCCAGCCCGGGAGCCCGGGAGCCCGGGCGCGGGACGCGGCUACGCGGGGCGCUGGGAGGGGACUGGUGGCCCGCGGCGGGUGGGUCGCGGGGCCUGGCUCCCCGCCCGUGGGAUCGCGCGCCCUCGCCGAGCGCAGCCUCCCCGCGUGUGGGGCCUCAGCACGUGGCGCAUCCCUGCGCGCGUGCGCCUGCAGCCGGGGCCCGAGGGCCACGUGCGAGCUGGGGUGCGCGGGCACUGGUGCGUGCCGGGAGGUGGGACGCCCUGCUCUCCGAGGUUGCUCUGCCCUCCGAGGUCGCCCGCAGGCCGCCGCCCGCUCUGGGCUUGGGGAGCUCGGCCCUGCGCCUUUCCGGACUCCUGGCAGGUGCAGCCCCAGGAGGCAAUGGGGCAGGCAAACUGGAUGGUGCCCCAGGUGUAGCAAGGUUGGAAGGCUUCAAAGGACCGGGUGGCCUGGACAAGUUUCCUCCUAGAAGUCACUUAAUCUGCAAAAUCAAGAUAAGACCAUUUUCCCCAUGUGACUUGACAAGACAAUAUUAAAGCUCAAGGUGAUGCAUGUAAAAAGAUUGUGGAAGCCAUAAAGCUUUAUAGAGAUACAUAAUCACUCUCUUCCUCGUCUCCUGCCCCAUUCUGCUACCCUUGCUUUAAUAAAAAUCGCUUCCCCGAAGUCUCCGUUGGGCUGGGACAUAAGCUUCAAGGAGCAAACACACAGACCCUCCACUGACCACUACACAGAGAGUCCCAAUGCCCUUCCUCCAUCCUUCCAGAACACCUUUGGCUUUCACUCCAUCCAUCUGAGCCUUAACUCUUUAUUUUUAAGUUUUUCCUUGUUAA